AUGGACGCAUAUCGUAAUAGCUCGGCUUCAACCUCAACAAACUAUUCAAAACACCAAACCGUCGUUAACGUCACUACCACAACCACUACUGCCGCCGCCGCCCCUUCGCCAAAGUUUCAACGACGCAGUGGGCCCCUCAUACCUAAAACAGAACAAAUUAGAAAGCUUGUCAAACAAAUUUUGAGUAAAUUAAAGAAGUGCAAAAAACCACCAAGUGUAUUCACGACUCUGCCUGAGUAUUAUAAGAAUACGGAAAGAGGCAAGAAUGCUAAUAGUAAUUUGGUGUCGUUAUUGGGUUCGAGUGUAGGUACCUUAGGAGGGGGUGAAGAAAUAAUUAUGGACGAACAUAACGUAUAUUCCACUGAUGAGAUUUGUGAUUUAUUGAUUGAAUUACGUGAUGUGUUGGUUGUUUGCAAAUUAAACGGGAUUACUUUUGGAGAUAAAGUUACGGUAUUUCCAUCUCCACCAGAUUCACCAUAUUCUUCUCGAGAACCAUCUCCAACGCGUUCUCGCUCCCCCUCACCGACAAGAUCCGCAUCCUCUGACGCUGCAAUUCUCGAUCGAAUAAUUCAAGUACUAGGCGACAUAGUUCAAAACGACUGUCGAUACAAGAUCUCGAUGCCCAGACCACUUCGACCCCCGAAUUCAUUACAAAUAAUAGCUUUGGACGUGGCAUUUCUAUUAAUUGAUCAGAAUCCGUAUUCUCCUCGUUGGCUUUACGAGCUGGGUAUGACAAUGUUAUCGGCUUUUAUUUUUUUCGAGGAUAAAUUAAAAGGAAAAUUGCUAAGUUUUUAUGGAAGGACGUUGUUGCCGCAGUUGAUGGCUUGUGGUGGAACGGCGAAAAAUAAUUUUUGGGUGGAAUCUGGCGCUGAGCUAAAUAACGCUAAUAAUAGUAACCUUGGAUCGAAUCGAGAAAAUCGCGGACGAAUUGCUGAACAUAAAGAAAAGAAUUUGAUAAAAGAACACGAAAAUACAGGGCAUAUAAAUAUCACAAUUCAGGAUUCUAGUAAAGACGGCUACGAUCCGCCUCCUCCCGUGUCGAUAGAGAUUCAUUCACCAAUAGACACAGACACACAAAAUCAAAAUCGAUUUCAGCAACAAUCACAAUCGCAACAUCAAAUGAUGUCAAUAGC